GCUAAUUUUGGGCACUUUCUUUAACUGAAUUGAAUCUUAUAAUUACAGCCAGUUUGUAGCUGCUACAAUUGUGGCUCUUAGCUCAAUAGUGAUUGUGAAUCUCUGGGGAACAAAAGAGAAAAAAAAAAUAACUUUUUUUGUCUCCCUCUAGUGCCUAAGAGUAAGAAAAAAAAAAAAAAUGGGUCACAGUGAACAAGCAAAGAAAGAUGCAGAAAAACAAAAGCAGAUUGAUGAUUGGCUUCCAGUUACAUCUUCAAGGAAUGCCAAAUGGUGGUACUCUGCUUUCCACAAUGUCACUGCUAUGGUUGGGGCUGGUGUUCUCAGCCUUCCUUAUGCAAUGUCUGAGUUGGGAUGGGGUCCUGGUGUGGUUAUUCUUCUCCUGUCAUGGAUCAUAACCCUAUACACACUAUGGCAAAUGGUGGAAAUGCAUGAAAUGGUGCCUGGCAAGCGUUUUGACAGGUAUCAUGAAUUGGGUCAGUAUGCAUUUGGAGAAAAGCUAGGGCUUUGGAUUGUGGUCCCCCAACAGCUAGUGGUUGAAGUUGGUGUAAAUAUUGUGUACAUGCUCACAGGAGGGAAAUCCUUGAAGAAGUUCCAUGACACAGUUUGCCCUUCUUGCAAAUCCAUUAAGACCACUUACUUCAUUAUGAUUUUUGCUUCUGUACACUUUGUUCUUUCUCAUCUCCCCAACUUCAACUCCAUUACUGUUGUCUCACUUGCUGCAGCUGUCAUGUCCUUGAGCUACUCAACAAUUGCCUGGGGUGCUUCAGUUCAUAAAGGGGUUCAACCAAAUGUGGACUAUAGCUACAAGUCAAGCUCCACAGCCGAUACGGUGUUUGACUUCUUUAGUGCUUUGGGUGAUGUAGCUUUUGCAUAUGCUGGUCAUAAUGUAGUUUUGGAGAUCCAAGCAACAAUUCCUUCAACACCAGAAAAACCUUCCAAAGGACCUAUGUGGAUUGGUGUUGUUGUGGCUUACAUUGUGGUGGCUCUCUGCUACUUCCCUGUUGCUUUGCUUGGCUAUUGGACUUUUGGAAACAGUGUUAAUGAUAACAUCUUAAUCACACUUGAGAAACCCAGUUGGCUUAUUGCAACAGCCAACAUGUUUGUGGUUGUUCAUGUUAUUGGAAGCUACCAGAUAUACGCCAUGGCGGUGUUUGAUAUGAUCGAAUGUUUGUUGGUGAAGAAAAUGCAUUUCAAACCUUGUUUCAGGCUUCGAUUUAUUACCCGUACCUUGUAUGUCGGAAUAACCAUGUUCAUAGCUAUAGCUAUUCCUUUCUUUGGUGGCCUUCUUGGAUUCCUUGGAGGAUUUGCUUUUGCUCCCACAUCAUACUUUCUGCCCUGCAUUAUAUGGCUUGCGAUAUAUAAACCCAAAAGGUUUAGCCUAUCUUGGUGUGUAAAUUGGUUAUGCAUUGUGCUUGGUAUAGCUUUGAUGAUUCUGGCACCCAUUGGAGCAUUAAGAAGUAUAAUUUUGACAGCCAAAGACUACCGGUUCUUCUCAUGAACCACUGCAAAUAGCUUCACUCCGCUCUUGAAGUCGGAUCAAAUCAAUGGUUUCUUCGCAUUCUCAUGGACUGUUGGCUGAGGAAUCAGACUUGGUUUGUUAGUAAAAAUUUCAUGGAGUCCACAAGAUUCCUCAAUGGCUCUAAAAAAAGUUGGCCCUGUUCUAGUGCUAUGGGAGAGGAAUUAGAAAGCCAUAUGUUUAUUCGAAUACUUUGAUUUGUUGUAAUUGUAAUUAGAUGCUAAUCUUUAGUUUGAGAAAGCUUGGUAUGCUUGUAUUGUCAUUCAUAUAAGGGAAGGACAAACACCACUAUGAAAACUACA